AUGCGAUCCAAAUUCGGUUUUGGGUCUCGUGACGUCGAGAAGGCGCCUCACGUCGACAACACCUAUGAAACUCACAGCAAUGAGACUAGCGACAAUGCCAACGACCACUACCAGGACAAUGUCAGCGAUGGCGCAGUCCCUGGCGAGAGCUUCGAGUAUGGUGACUCCAUGUAUGCAAAGCUCCAGCGCCUCGCUGGCAAGGUCAAUGUCGAGCAGCGUGGUAUCGAGCGUGUGCCUGACAACGAGCGCACUGAUACCUCAUACUUCAACAUUGGCAGCAUGUGGCUAGCGGCAGACAUGGUCUCUAGUUCCUUCGCCAUCGGUGUUCUCGGAAAAUCCCUCUUCGGACUAGGAACGGUUGAUGCCUUCCUGGUUUGCCUGUUCUUCAAUUUGUUGGGAAUCUUGACCGUUUGCUUCUUCUCGUGCUUCGGUCCUGCCUUUGGUCUGCGACAGAUGGUGUUGUCGCGUUUCUGGUUCGGCUGGUACCCCGUGAAGAUCAUCGCCGUCCUCAACGUCAUCGCCUGCAUCGGCUGGUCCGCCGCCAACGCCAUUGUUGGUGCCCAGCUUCUCAAUGCUGUCAAUAAAGAUGUUCCGGGUUACGCUGGUAUCCUCAUCAUCACCUUCUGCACUCUCUUCGUUACUUUCGCCGGAUAUAAAGUCGUCCACACCUACGAGAAAUGGAGUUGGAUUCCUACUUUCAUCGUCUUCAUGAUUGUUCUAGGUCUCUUUGCCCACUCGGGUGAUUUCCAGAACAUCCCCAUGCAGGCCGGCACCUCAGAAAUGGGAGCCUGUCUUUCCUUCGGUUCUACCGUCUACGGCUUCGCCACCGGUUGGACGAGCUAUGCCGCUGAUUAUACCGUCUACCAGCCUGCUGAUCGCAGCCGCAAAAAGGUCUUUUUCUCAACCUGGCUGGGUCUCAUCGUUCCUCUCCUCCUGACCGAAUUCCUGGGAAUCGCUGUCUACUCUGCCAGUGCCAUUAAUGGCGGUGACAACAAGUACGCAGCUGGCUACCUUGAGUCUGGUAACGGUGGUCUGAUCGGAGCUGUGCUGGACCCGGUCGGCGGAUUCGGCAAGUUCUGUCUCGUCAUCCUGGCGCUGUCCAUCAUCGCCAACAACUGUCCCAACAUCUACUCCGUCUCCCUGACCCUGCAAGUCCUGCACCGCUACACCCAGCGUGUGCCUCGUUUCGUCUGGACCUUCCUGGCUUCGUGUGUCUCCCUCGCCAUCGCUAUCCCCGGCUACUCGCACUUCGAGACCGUUCUGGAGAAUUUCAUGAACCUCAUCGCCUACUGGCUGGCCAUUUACUCUGGAAUCACCAUUUCCGACCACUUUAUCUUCAAGCGUGGAUUCGGCGGCUACCAUGCCGAGAACUACGACAAGCCCAAUAAGCUCCCCAUUGGGAUUGCUGCUAGUAUCGCCUUCUGCUUCGGUGUUGCGGGCGUGGUCACUGGUAUGAGUCAGACUUGGUGGAUCGGUCCUAUUGCCAAGCAUGCCGGCGUGUCUCCCUCUUAUGGCGAUGUUGGCUUUGAGCUUGCUUUUGCCUUCUCCUUUACGGUCUAUUGUGCUUUGCGACCGAUCGAGUUACAUUACUUCGGUCGUUGA